AGAUGAGCACGAACGUCUUCGUCGAACCAUGGAGAGUAUUAUCUUGAAUUUAACGGUAUCGAUCACUCGGGCCAAUACAGAAUUAAAAAGUUAAAACAUCAUGGUUACUGUUACCUAGAGUUGGUAUGUCACUAAGGUUCAGAAUGUCUUCAUUUUAAUGAGUUAAUAUGGAAUCAAAGAAUGGUGAUCAUGAGUUCGAGUACCUGUUACAGGAGCUCGUAAAUUGCAAGUAGAUCAACAUACCGUGCUUCAGUGACACGAGAGCAGAAACUUGUACGUAACGCGAAGUUCUUCGAUUCCGGUUUAUUUUUUUAUUCCUUAUACUUUUUAUUUCUUUGAACGUUCACUCUGAACCAACCAUUAAUUCUUUUAACCGAUUUACUUGGAUUCCUUUCGGAAUAAUUUAAGUUUGACUUAAUAUACUUGACUUUAUGGAACGAAGAUACACAUUGGAAACUAGAAUUAAAAGGUCGAAGAAAAAUACGGAAAUGGAAGAAGAACGUAGCCAAAUCAUUCGCUUUGGAUCUUGCUACUCUCAACCUGUGAAUGUAACCAGUGGGGUUAUACAAGGAAGUGUGGUUGGUCCAUUACUCUUUCUCCUUUUUAUCAAUGACGUGUGUUCCCUCUUUCAUUUAUUCAUACUCUUCUACCACGAAAGAAAGCUAUAUUUCGGCGGUAAUCCAAGAGGAAAUAAACAAGUUGUACGAAUGGACUGUUUCGUGGAAUUUGCCACUUAAUGUUGGCAAAAGUGGAUUUAUUCACAUUGGUCGCUGCCUUAACUUAAAUCUGACUGUACACACACAUACACUCAAACCUCUCAACACUGUUCUUGACUCGGGUUUAAGAUAUAGCAACAGUCUGAACUUUUCUGAGCACAUUAUAUCUCAAGUAUCCAAAGCUAGAAAGCUGAUGGGAUUGAUAAUGAUAAAAUUUAAUAAUAUCGAAUCGAGAUUGUUAUUAUACAGAAAAUGUGUCUUACCCAUUCUUGAAUAUGGUAUUUUAGUUCACAGUAAUUGCAGACAUAAUGACCUGAUUAAAAUUGAAGGUGUUCAAAGGAAGUUCACCAAAGUUGUUCUGCGGUAUUCCGAUAACAAAGAUCAUCACCAAAGAUGUCAACAACUCAACUUAGAACCUCUUUGGAUCAGACGUAUCAAAUUAAAUCUUGCCUUUAUCUACCGGCCUAUUAACGGUAUUUCCUACUCUCCGGUAUCCACCCCUUCAUACCUUAUGAUAUCAUCCCACAAUCUACGCGAUAAGGAGAAUAUUCUAGCGAUUCCAAGAACCCACACAAACUUACGUCAGAAUUUUUUCCUUAUUCGCUACUCAACCAUGUGGAACAGACUGCCAGUGAACCUCCGUUGCAGUGAAACUACAACCCGGUUCGAAAGUCUCCUUGAUGAUUUUCUUUCCGAAAGUGGAUUAUUUCACCUAUUGAAUAUCAAUGUAUUCAACAAUGAUUUAUACAAACAAGGUCCGUCAUCCAUUUAAUUGCCUGAAAAGCAAAAUAAAACCUUUAAAUCUUUUCACGUCUAUUUUAUUUCUAUUCAUCUUAAUAUAUGAAGUCUGCUUAUGUUCGUAUCUAUAAUUACUACUGUUAUCAAUAUCAUUAUUGUUCCCCCGACACAUUAGAUAUUCCUUUUAUAUCUUCUUAUCCUUCUUAACAUAUUUAAUUCCUGACUGUCCUUUGAAAUUAAUUGUGACUUUCAUAGCAUCAUUCUUAAUUAUUAUUGCACAUAUGUUUAUACUAAUAUCCGGUUUCACACUGUAUAUUAUUACAUAAAUCUACAUGGUAUUUAUCCGAGUGCAUUAAAGGAUUUUUAUUUUAUUUUUCUAAAUUGUUGGUUUCCUUCUGAGGUUGAUAUUCAUUACGCAAUUAUUAUUCUUAUCAUGGAUGAAAUUUUUCACUAGGUGUUCACUUCUUUUCUCUCUUCUUUCCCUCUAAAUAAAUAUUCUUAAGAUUACGAAGUUUGUAAUUAAGACAAUAACUUGUGUUACACUUAAAUUAACUUCUCAGACCCGUUUUAUCUUCACUAUGCAUAUAUGACUCAUACAUAUUGAUAUUUUAUUAUCCUUUUCAUUAAAUUGUAACUUUCAUAGCAUCACUCCAAACUAUGACUGCACAAACAUUUAUUCUAGCGUCAUAUCUUACUACAAUAAUAAGUUGUUUUUACUGAAUUAUUUUUUGUUACUAAUUUGACGCUAUAUACAUAGUCGUUUGUUCUUGUUUUAUGUUCAUAAGUACGCCAAUUAAACUGUUUGCGUAUUUCACGUCUCCUUUAUUUCUAUUCCCUUAUUUUAUCCAUUUCCUUCUUUAAACUCAAUUCAAUAUUCUUCUCGAUUACACAGACCCGAUUUAUUAUUAUUAAUAUUCUACUAUUAUUACUCUAAUUUUUUUUUAAAUAUGGCAAGUAUAAUGCUAACAUUAUUGAAAAUUGUGUAUUAUUGCAUUUUUUGAAG